UGUCUCUGCAUUUCUGCAACACCAACAGCAACAAACAUCAUUCAUUCACCAGACGAGAUGACCCCACACCCACCUUUCUUCAUCCCUUCUUCUUCUUCCUCCUCACGCCAACCAUCUCCAUUUGACCUGCAACAAAUCCUCUACAAAACCCUCUAGAAAAAAUUCCUCUCCCUCACAACACCACCACACACACACACAAAAAGCCAUGAAGCAAUUGCACAAGCAAUCCACAAGCACGCGGAAAGAAGAAGAAAUCCCAAUCUCCCAAACCCCACCCUACUCCCCCAAAUCCCUAAAACACCCCCGAUCCCUCCCCCGCUCCCUCAACUACAUCCUCAAAGAGCAGCGCCUCCUCUUCAUCCUCGUCGGAAUUCUCAUCGGCUCCACUUUCUUCAUCAUCCAGCCCUCCCUCUCCGCCCUCUCCUCCUCCGAUUCCCGCCCCCGAAUCUCCGCUCAGAACCGCGAAUUAGCUGUUACUACUGUUCGGAAUCCUUUUGGCGAUGGGCGCAAUUACAACAAGUACUCGAACGGGGUUGGGAGGGUUCCGGUGGGCAUCGGCGCCAAGAGGAAGAGGAUUGUUGUCACCGGCGGCGCCGGAUUCGUCGGGAGUCAUUUGGUUGAUAAGCUGAUCGCCAUGGGAGAUGACGUCAUCGUCAUUGAUAAUUUCUUCACUGGGAGGAAGGAGAACGUGGUGCACUUGUUUGGAAAUCCGAGGUUCGAGUUGAUUAGGCACGACGUUGUCGAGCCGAUUCUGCUGGAAGUCGAUCAGAUCUACCAUUUGGCUUGCCCUGCUUCCCCCGUCCAUUACAAGUAUAAUCCAGUCAAGACUAUCAAGACAAAUGUGAUGGGAACACUUAAUAUGUUGGGCCUUGCGAAGAGAAUUGGUGCGAGGUUCCUUCUUACAAGUACAAGUGAGGUUUACGGUGAUCCACUCGAGCAUCCGCAAAAAGAGACUUAUUGGGGGCAUGUUAAUCCGAUAGGUGUAAGGAGUUGCUACGAUGAAGGAAAAAGAACAGCGGAAACCUUAACUAUGGAUUAUCAUAGGGGCGAUGGUGUUGAGGUACGAAUUGCACGUAUUUUUAAUACUUAUGGGCCUCGAAUGUGUCUAGAUGAUGGGCGUGUUGUCAGCAACUUUGUUGCACAGGCUAUACGUGGACAACCCAUGACAAUCUACGGGGAUGGGAAACAAACAAGAAGCUUCCAAUAUGUGUCUGAUUUGGUUGAUGGUUUGGUGGCAUUGAUGGAAGGCGAGCAUGUGGGCCCGUUCAACUUGGGCAACCCAGGAGAAUUCACUAUGUUACAGCUCGCUGAGGUUGUCAAAGAAACCAUAGAUCCAAGUGCAACAAUAGAAUUCAAACCAAACACUGCGGAUGAUCCUCACAAGAGGAAACCGGAUAUUACCAAAGCAAAGGAGCUUUUAAACUGGGAACCAAAUAUUUCAUUGAAAGAGGGGUUGCCUCGAAUGGUCAAUGAUUUUCGAAACCGCAUAUUGAAUGAAGAUGAAGGAAAGGGAAACAAAUGAGAAAACGAAUGGGAGGAAAAUCGUGUGUGUUGUAUAGAAAGAAAAUCAAAAGCCUGUUUGUAUGUUAGAUGUUCCGUUUGACAUACUACACUCUGAUAUAUCGUUAUUGAAUUUUUGUAACAACUUUUCAAGAAUAUUUGUAAUAUUGACUAGGGUUCGACUUUUUAAAUACAGUUUUGCCUUCGCGUGUAUGUGGUGUAAAAUGUAAAUGACUUCGAUAUCAUAUGUUGUUGUAUACCUCAGCAAGAUUACGAGCGAUAUUUCC